AUGGCGGGCAUGCCUAAUAUGGGCGGUAUGGGUGGCCCAGUUGGCAACCCGAUGGGAGCGCCGAUGGGCAUGAUGAACAACGGCGCGCCUGCCCCGCAGCAAGGACCUCCCGGCCAGAUGCAGCUCAACGACUCAAGUCGAACCCUUCUCAACACUUACAUCUACGAGUAUUUCAUUCGCUACAACAUGUUCGGCGCUGCCCGUGCCGUCUACGAGGCAGACCCCCAUAUCAAAGUCAUGAAGGACAGCCCAGGGAAACAACGCGACGAGAGCGGCAAUCUUAUGGGGAAUGGUCUGGGUGAUUCUAUGGACACCGACAGCAAAGACGCAUUGGAUCAGAAGCGGCCUGACGACCUGCCAGCGCCGAACGUUCCGACCCCGGUCCCCGAUAGCUGCUUUCUCUACGAGUGGUUCUGCCUCUUUUGGGACAUGUUCAACUCCCAAAAGGGCAAAGGUUCUAGCGCUCAGGUGAACCAAUACGUGCAUCACACUCAGCAACAAUCUCACCUUCGGCAGCGGCAGCAGCAAGACAUGCUCCGCCAAAUGCGCCCGGAUCUGGCUCAAGCCCACCUCCACCAGCAAAUGAUGCGAGGGAUGCCAAACGGUGCCAUGAACAUGGGUAUGAAGCCUGGAAACCAGCUGCAACGAGCAGCGAUGGCGAACAGCCAGAACCCGCAAGCCAUGCACCAGAUGCUCCACCAGCAAAAGGUUGCUGGCCAGAUGCAACGAGACCCUUCAGAUAUGGAUGGCAACCGGGUGAGGCCCAAUUCCCCAGGAGGGGCUGAGAAUGCGCCCUCGCCGUCCAAACGCCCUCGCCUGGAUGGUGGGGCACCGUUCAACCCUAACCAGGGCGUCAUGAUGCCGAACGGAAGGCCCGGACAGGGCAUGCCUGGACAGCAGCAGCUCCAGGCCUUUGCCGCCGCAGCUCCCCAACUACAAGCCAAGAUUGCCUCGUACUCCACUAACAUGUCGCAGCACCAUGGCAACCAGAUGCCCAACAAGGCGAUGCCAAACGCCACCGGUCCCCAGGGCCAAGGUUCCCCCAUGGUGCCGCAAGGACCCGACGGCAACUCGCUGAUGCAGCUUUACAACCCCGGCGACAUCGGACCCGGGAACAUGAGGCCCGGCGCGCCGAACGGCCAGGCUGCCGCGAGUAGCAACCAUGCGCUGCAGGACUACCAGAUGCAGCUGAUGCUCCUCGAGCAGCAGAACAAGAAGAGGCUCAUGAUGGCGCGUCAGGAGCAGGACAUCGGGACCAACAUGCCCCGGGCGGACGGACCUGGCGGGCCCGGUGGUGCGCCAGGCCCCGGUGCGCAAGGCUUCCAAGGGGGUUCGCCCCCAGGCGGGCGAAACGGCGCUUCCCCGAACCCCGGUGAACCGAUGAAGCGCGCGAACCAGCAGAUGCCAAACGCUGCCAACAUGGGCUCCCCGCUUCCCGAUGGUGCUGUGCAAUCACGUGGCUCCCCCGGGGCCAUGAAUUUCAUGGCCGGGAACAUGGAUCCCAAUGCUGCUCAGCACUUUGGCAUGAACAUGAACAUGCCUGGCGCCCAGAUGAACGGUGCCAUGCGACCGCCAAGCUCUCACCCACCCUUCAACGGACAGAUGAACCAGCAGCAGAUGAUGGCGGCUCAGCGUCAGGCCCAACAACAGCAGGGCGCCCAGGGCGGUCCAGUCCAAUGGCCGCCGGGAGGGCCGAACGGUCAAAUGCCCGGACAGCCCCCCCAGCCCCAAGUACAGGGCGCGCCGACUCCGAAUUCGAGGUCCAUGCCCCCUCCGUCCGCGCCGGUCGCGGCUGCGGCUGCUGCCAAUGCGCGCAACACCACUGCUUCGCCUCAAGUCAGCAACGCGGCCCCCCCAACCCCGCAGCAAGCCACCAAAGCGGCACCCAAGAAGAAGGAGACCAAGAGCCAGAAGGCUAAGGCGGCUGCUCAAAAGAAGAGCAAUUCGAAUUUGAACAACGCCGCUGCCGCUGCCGCAGCGCCCGAGCAAACAGAAACCCCCCAAGAAACCGCGGCGCCCGCUACCCCGAUCACGCCCGUCAACCCGGCUGGUUUCGGCAAAGGUCCCGGUGUCAAUCCCGGUCAGGUCGUUCCCAACGGUCAGCCUCCGGUGCCUGCUCCUCAACCACAAGCGGCUCCCGCGGCGCCGUCGCAUCCGGAUCUUGCGUUCACUAAUCCCCUGGAUCCAAGCGGGAUGGAAUUCCCUCUUGAAUUUGCGAACCCGUCACAGACUGGCGAUGUGCUCAACGACUUCGAUUUUGACACUUUCCUGCAAGACAGUGCUCCCGAUGGGGGCGAGAUAUUCGGAUUCGAUUCGGGCUUUCCGAUGGAAGGGGACGCUACGAUUGGGGCAACGGAUUAG